AUGGUUCUUGCCUUGAAAACAAAAAUCACACAGGAAGUGACCGAUGGAGUUGAAGCUGAAAAGGGGGCCCGCAGUAUUGUGAUCACUGGCUUAGCGGAAUUGGAUGCUGAUAGGUCUUUGAUAGAAAGACAGAGGGACAUCGGAGAAAAAGUGGCCAAUGUCCUUUGUACGCUUGAAGUUGACUGCCCACCCGAAAUAGCUUAUAGGUUGGGAAAGUUCAAUGGUAACAAGCCACGUCUUGUUGAAGUUGUACUCCCUUCUCGUUCCCACUGGGCUAAGGUUCAGUCGAGAGCGCACCUCCUACGCCGCUCAAGCCUUUCGAACAUAUUUGUACGUAAAAACAUGACGGCGGCAGAACGAAAACGGGAUUAUGAGUUGAGGCACGAGGCUCGUCUAAGAAAUGAACGCUCAUAUACGCGUGAGUGA